AUGUCGCGAAUAUCAGUGACGCAGUGCUGGUGGUAUCACAGCAGCAUCACAACAGCAAAAGUAAAAUACCGACAAAGGGAAAGCAAAUAUAACGUAGGUAUAGCAAAAAGGUCUGCGGGGCGAGAGCGAGUGCGCGUGCGCGGCCUCGGGCCACCCCUAGCUAUCAGCGAUGUCGAAAAUUAUGCUUUUUGUGAAAAAGAGAAUAAUCUAGUG